UGAUUGUGAUACUGCAUUAGUACAUGCACCAAACACCGAACUUACUUCAAAACCAGACUCUAUUCAUAUUAAACCUCUUACCAAGAUGCAACUCCAGUUGGAUCAACAAGCCCAACUUAUCCAACAAUUACAGACACAA